UUUCCUCUCAUCACUAUACAUUUUAUUCUUUUUCUCUAUCUAUCUAUCUGUUUUGACACCAACAUGAAUGAGUCAAGCUGUUAUUUGCAUCCCAAAGAGGUUGUGGUUGGGGUUUGUGCUUUGUGCUUGAAUGAGAGGCUUACAGUCUUAGCUUCAAAGCAAGAAAAGGCGGCGCCGGGGCCGGCUAAGUUCUACCACACAAUCACAAACAAUAGUAAGAAUCCCCGCCGGAAAACAUCAUCGUCGGCAACAUAUUACAGUUUCUCGUCGACCACAAAACCUCAUCAGCCUUCCAGAAUUCAUCUCCCAAAGAUAUUUACUCUCAGCUCUUUGCUCCGCCGGAGAUCAGACCCUGAUUCCCAUCACGAUGGCGGCGCUUCCACCAGCAGCCGUGAAGACUCCUUUAUAUCAAUCAAGUUUGAGAAUAAUGGUGCUGCCUCGUGGGAGAAGGGGGGCACAGUCCCCAUGGUGUCCUUAGAUCAUUGCGACAUGCCUUGGAGGAGAAGCAGCUCUAACACCAAUAAUAACACAGCUGCACUGGUUGAACAUGCAAAGCAGCCACGUGGCUCUCUUAGGUGGCGCAAGCGCAUUGGCCACAUCUUCCAGGUCAUCAAGCUCAGGAGGAGCUCCACCAAGAGCAAUGCCUGCCACGUGGCCGCCAAGCUGGAAGGGGGAGUCAAGGUGGUGAGACGUGGACAGGGUUGGAUGAGGACUCUGACAAAGAGGAAGACCAAUAAAGAGUGAUGAUUUAUUAUUAUGAAUAUAUUAAAAAAAAUUGAAAAAAAAAUUCACAAAGCUAAUAUUAGCUUUCCUCCACUACUACUACUAUAUAUUAUGAUAUUAAUAUAUAUAAUCCUCCCACCUUUGUUUGUUUCUUUUUCAAGUGUGGGCCUUGUGUGAAUCCAAUGCACAGUUUGGCUAGCCUUCAUGCACAUUGAUUAGCUUUGGCAAAGUCAAUUUGGCUUUUUGAACAAACAUAUCAUAUCUUUCCAUAUGAAAAUGUGCUUUAUUCAUUGUUUCA